AUGGUGAACACGUUGGAGGAGUUGGAGGGGAGGGAAGCAGCGGCAACGCUGUCUAUAAACGGGUGUCCUUCUGUGGCCGUGGGUCCUCUGUUUCUUCCCAACUUCUUGGAGAACAAAAAUGUCGUGCGGUCCACGAGUAUGUUUGUAGAGGACGAGAGUUGUCUUGCAUGGUUGGACACACAGCAGCCGGCUUCUGUGAUGUAUGUUUCCUUUGGCAGCAUCGCCGUCAAAUCUAAUGAACAGCUUGAAGAGAUUGCUCUGGGUUUGGAGAACAGCCAGCAGCCUUUUCUGUGGGUCUUGCGAAAUGAUAUUGCAGAGGGGAAGUCUGCUGUUUUGCCGCAUGGGUUUUUAGAACGGAUUGGAGAUAGAAGGCUGAUUGUGAGAUGGGCGCUGCAGGUUAAGGUGCUGUCACAUCCUGCCAUUAGAGCUUUUCUUACGCACAGUGGAUGGAACUCUGUGAUGGAGAAUUUCAGCUUAGGGAUUCCUAUGCUGGGAUGGCCUUAUUUUACGGAUCAGUUUCUUAAUUCCAGAUUUGUGAAGGAUGUGUUGAAGAUUGGGAUGGAUUUUGAGGGUGUGGAUGUUGAUGAACAAGGUUUGUUAGGAGAGAAGAGGUGGAGAAGGGGUUGA